AUGUGGAGAUGGAGGGCCAACAAACACAACGACCUCCUUUCGACGGGCACACAUCCCUCUCCUCAGCCCUCAGGACCGCCCGAGGCCAGGCCACGAGGCCACGCGGUGCUCUCGGGGCGCCAGGCCCGAGCGGGUCAGGGAGGACGGGCAAGGAGGAAGAGGUUCUUCCAGGCAAGCGUGGGGCCGGAACAAAGCGCCGGCCCAGAAAGACACAGCGGUCCCGCGACGCACACUCAUGGGGCUCCGGGCGCUACGCAAAAGUCCCGCAGCGCGCCAGCCCGCCACCCUUACGCCAGUGGCUUGGCCCCAGAGCCUUCGCGAAUAUGGCUUUGCGCACUGCGGCGGGGCUGCGCUGCAACCGAGCUUGUCCGGUGGCUCCUCCCCGCCGCCCUGCGCGGAUUGGUGGCGGACGGAAGCCCGGCUGCUGAUUGGAUAGCGAAGGAGCCACUCGGGGAGGCUCUGGUGGGUCGUCCGCCCCAGAGUGAUAAGUUCGGCUUCAGACACGCCUCAGCGCCAGCAGCGAGCCGGAGCUCUAUGGAGGUGGCGGCGGUUCUCGGUGAAGGCUUUUCAUUUGUACCAUCCCCUCCCCUCCCCACCCCAUCCAUUAAUAUUAUUCUUUUGAAGAUUCUUCGUUGUCAAGCCGCCAAAGUGGAGAGUGCGAUUGCAGAAGGGGGUGCUUCUCGUUUCAGUGCUUCUUCGGGCGGAGGAGGAAGUAGGGGUGCACCUCAGCACUAUCCCAAGACUGCUGGCAACAGCGAGUUCCUGGGGAAAACCCCAGGGCAAAACGCUCAGAAAUGGAUUCCUGCACGAAGCACUAGACGAGAUGACAACUCCGCAGCAAACAACUCCGCAAAUGAAAAAGAACGACAUGAUGCAAUCUUCAGGAAAGUAAGAGGCAUACUAAAUAAGCUUACUCCUGAAAAGUUUGACAAGCUAUGCCUUGAGCUCCUCAAUGUGGGCGUAGAGUCUAAACUCAUCCUUAAAGGGGUCAUACUGCUGAUUGUGGACAAAGCCCUAGAAGAGCCAAAGUAUAGCUCACUGUAUGCUCAACUAUGUCUGCGAUUGGCAGAAGAUGCACCAAACUUUGAUGGCCCAGCAGCAGAGGGUCAACCAGGACAGAAGCAAAGCACAACAUUCAGACGCCUCUUGAUUUCCAAAUUGCAAGAUGAAUUUGAAAACCGAACCAGAAAUGUUGAUGUCUAUGAUAAGCGUGAAAAUCCCCUCCUCCCUGAGGAGGAGGAACAAAGAGCCAUUGCUAAGAUCAAGAUGUUGGGGAACAUCAAAUUCAUUGGAGAACUUGGCAAGCUUGAUCUUAUUCAUGAAUCUAUCCUUCAUAAGUGCAUCAAAACACUUUUGGAAAAGAAGAAGAGAGUCCAACUCAAAGAUAUGGGAGAGGAUUUGGAGUGCCUCUGUCAGAUAAUGAGGACAGUGGGACCUCGAUUAGACCAUGAACGAGCCAAGUCCUUAAUGGAUCAGUACUUUGCCAGAAUGUGUUCCUUAAUGUUAAGUAAGGAAUUGCCAGCAAGGAUUCGUUUCCUACUGCAGGAUACCGUAGAGUUGCGAGAACACCAUUGGGUUCCUCGCAAGGCUUUUCUUGACAAUGGACCAAAGACGAUCAAUCAAAUCCGUCAAGAUGCAGUAAAAGAUCUAGGAGUGUUUAUUCCUGCUCCUAUGGCUCAAGGGAGGAAUGACUUCUUCCUGGAGGGACCGUUCAUGCCGCCAAGGAUGAAAAUGGAUAGGGACCCACUUGGGGGACUUGCUGAUAUGUUUGGACAAAUGCCAGGUAGUGGAAUUGGUACUGGUCCAGGAGUUAUCCAGGAUAGAUUUUCACCCACGAUGGGACGUCAUCGUUCAAAUCAGCUCUUCAAUGGCCAUGGGGGACACAUCAUGCCUCCCACGCAAUCGCAGUUUGGAGAGAUGGGGGGCAAAUUUAUGAAAAGCCAGGGGCUAAGCCAGCUCUACCAUAACCAGAGUCAGGGACUCUUAUCCCAGCUGCAAGGACAGUCGAAGGAUAUGCCACCUCGGUUUUCUAAGAAAGGACAGCUUAAUGCAGAUGAGAUUAGUUUGAGGCCUGCUCAGUCGUUCCUAAUGAAUAAAAAUCAGGUGCCAAAGCUUCAGCCCCAGAUAACUAUGAUUCCUCCCAGUGCACAGCCACCACGCACUCAAACACCACCUCUGGGACAGACACCUCAACUUGGUCUCAAAACUAAUCCACCACUUAUCCAGGAAAAGCCUGCCAAGACUAGCAAAAAGCCACCACCAUCAAAGGAAGAAUUACUUAAAUUGACAGAAGCUGUUGUGACUGAAUAUCUGAACAGUGGAAAUGCAAAUGAGGCCGUCAAUGGUGUAAGAGAAAUGAGAGCCCCAAAACACUUUCUUCCUGAGAUGUUAAGCAAAGUGAUCAUCCUGUCACUAGAUAGAAGUGAUGAAGAUAAAGAAAAAGCAAGCUCUUUGAUCAGCUUACUCAAACAGGAAGGGAUAGCCACAAGUGACAACUUCAUGCAGGCUUUCCUGAAUGUAUUGGAGCAGUGCCCCAAACUGGAGGUUGACAUCCCCUUGGUGAAAUCUUAUUUGGCACAGUUUGCAGCUCGUGCUAUAAUUUCAGAGUUGGUGAGCAUUUCAGAACUAGCUCAACCACUGGAGAGUGGCACCCACUUCCCUCUCUUUUUACUUUGUCUUCAACAAUUAGCUAAAUUACAAGAUCGUGAAUGGUUAACUGAACUUUUUCAACAAAGCAAGGUCAAUAUGCAGAAAAUGCUGCCAGAAAUUGAUCAGAAUAAGGAUCGAAUGUUGGAGAUUUUGGAAGGAAAGGGACUGAGUUUCUUAUUCCCACUCCUUAAAUUGGAGAAGGAACUAUUGAAGCAAAUUAAGCUGGAUCCAUCCCCUCAAACUAUAUAUAAAUGGAUUAAAGAUAACAUCUCUCCCAAACUUCAUGUAGAUAAAGGAUUUGUGAACAUCUUAAUGACCAGCUUCUUACAGUACAUAUCUAAUGAAGUAAGCCCACCUAGUGAUGAAACAGAUUCUUCCUCUGCUCCUUCCAAAGAACAGUUAGAGCAGGAAAAACAACUGCUGCUCUCUUUCAAACCAGUGAUGCAGAAAUUUCUUCAUGAUCAUGUGGAUCUACAGGUCAGUGCCCUGUAUGCCCUGCAGGUGCACUGUUACAACAGCAGCUUCCCAAAAGGCAUGUUACUUCGAUUUUUUGUUCAUUUCUAUGACAUGGAAAUUAUUGAGGAGGAAGCUUUCUUGGCUUGGAAGGAAGACAUAACACAAGAGUUUCCAGGAAAAGGCAAGGCUUUGUUCCAGGUAAAUCAGUGGCUAACAUGGCUAGAAACUGCUGAAGAAGAAGAAUCAGAGGAAGAAGCUGACUAAAGAACCAGCCAAAGCCUUAAAUUGUGCAAAACAUACUGUUGCUAUGAUGUAACUGCAUUUGACCUAACCACUGCGAAAAUUCAUUCCGCUGUAACGUUUUUUCACAUAUUUAAAGCAGAAGCACGUCAGUAAGGUUUCCUUCUGCAUAAGGUUUUUGUAGUGUGAUGUCUUAAUCAUAGUCUACCAUCAAAUACUUUAGGAGUAUCCUUAAUGUUUAGAUAGAAUAUUAGCAGCAUGCAAUAAUUACAUCCUAAGUUCUCAAGCAGAGGCAGUCUAUUGCAAGGAUCUUCUUUGCUGCCAGUUACCAUAGGCUGUUUUAAGUUAGAAAACUGAAUAGCAACACUGAAUACUGUAGAGAUGCACUUUGCUCAGUAAUACUUGAGUUGUUGCAAUAUUUGAUUAUCCAUUUGGUUGUUACAGAAAAAUUCUUAACUGUAAUUGAUGGUUGUUGCCGUAAUAGUAUAUUGCCUGUAUUUCUACCUCUAGUAAUGGGCUUUAUGUGCUAGAUUUUAAUAUCCUUGAGCCUGGGCAAGUGCACAAGUCUUUUUAAAAGAAACAUGGUUUACUUGCACAAAACUGAUCAGUUUUUGAGAGAUCUUUAAUGCCCUUGAAGUGGUUUUUGUGGGUGUGAAACAAAUGGUGAGAAUUUGAAUUGGUCCCUCUUAUUAUAGUAUUGAAAUUAAGUCUACUUAAUUUAUCAAGUCAUGUUCAUGCCCUGAUUUUAUAUACUUGUAUCUAUCAAUAAACAUUGUGAUACUUGAUGUAGUUGUACAUGACUUCAAAUAAUACCUGCAAAGUUAUGUAAAAUUUCAUUUUGUUUUGAGAUAUUGUACUUAUCUCAGUUUAAGAACUUGGGAAAUUUUCAGUUUCAUAGUCUUAAGACCAGUGCUAUUCAGUAGUGAAUUGACCCAGUAAGGAGCAUUUCAUUAUCAUUCUGUUUUUCACCCUACAGCUAUUUCCUGUCAGUCUUAAUCUAUUGCAAACUGUCAGCUUAAUCUGGAGCUGCCUUUUCUGUUACAGACUUUGUGUCAGUUCUUUGGCUCUGCUUUCUAAGCACCUUAGGAAUAAGCUUUCUUCAUCCAGCAUCAUCUUUGCUGAGUUAGCUGUUUAGCCCCUUAAAGUCUGUAAAACUGGCUCCCUCUCGUUGCCUUCCAUUUUGUCUAGCCCUUGCAAUAUGCAGUUCUCUACCUGGAACACAAUGCUCUCCUUAACCUUCAGAUGUUGGUAUGAUUUUUUUACUCAGAACUUGCCUUCUUCCUCUGCCAGGACAGUGAGGAGCUUGUAUUGGUCAAGAAUUUUUUGAGAUGUCUCUGAAAGGUCCACAGGGAACUCAGAGAGCAGUGGUCCACAGAAACAACCUGACUCUGUGUGUCCCUUGCAUCCCCUGCCAAUAUCUGUGCUCAGGUGUCACCAGCUCCAAAAGCCUACAGUGGAAUGAGUAGGGACAGAUGUACCCCUUGCUCCCUCCCAGCAGAACCCUGGUCUGCUUCAGUGGAAUAGAAGAAGCUGGGAAGAGUUGAAGUGGACAGUCAAGGAUAAUUGUGGGAUUCAGGUCCAUCCCACAACUCAGCCUAGCCUGUGAUCCACUCCUUGGUGAAAGCUGAGCUCCAAGGGGACAGUGCAGGUUUGUCUAUUUAUUCACUGCUGAGUGGAAUUUUGUGAGCUUCAAUCUUAGUGAAUUUUGGGAAUUAGGAACUUCAGGGCAAUUCAAAAUUAGGUUUAGAAUCCAAAAUGUCCUGGAUAAAAAAAAAUUUUGCAUCUGAAGACUGAUUGAUUGUCUGCAUGGUAACUGAAUUAGGGCUAACACACUAACUGAAAUGAUCUGUGUAUUGCCCCACCCACUAGAAAAACAAAUAAAUGAUUGGAUAGUG